AUGCUUUCCCGGAUAGUUUUGAUCAUUUUAGCCUCUUGUAGCGCCGUGGUCUCAAAGAGAAGAAACGUGCUGCUGAUCAUUGCCGACGAUGCGGGGAUCGGGCUGGUCCUGGGGGAGCUCCGGGCUGCCGGAUAUGAGAACGACACCCUGGUGAUCUACAGCUCUGAUAACGGCGUCCCGUUCCCCAACGGCCGCACCAACCUGUACGGGCCGGGGGCCGCGGAGCCCCUGCUGCUGUCCUCCCCAGAGCACCGGGGCCGCUGGGGGGGGGGCCAGCCCCGCCCUCGUCAGCCUGCUGGCCCCGCCCUCGUCAGCCUGCUGGGGAUCGGGCUGGUCCUGGGGGAGCUCCGGGCUGCCGGAUAUGAGAACGACACCCUGGUGAUCUACAGCUCUGAUAACGGCGUCCCGUUCCCCAACGGCCGCACCAACCUGUACGGGCCGGGGGCCGCGGAGCCCCUGCUGCUGUCCUCCCCAGAGCACCGGGGCCGCUGGGGGGGGGCCAGCCCCGCCCUCGUCAGCCUGCUGGACAUCACUCCCACCAUCCUGGACUGGUUGUCGGUUCCCUUCCCGGCCCACAGCCUCCCGGGGGGCCCGGUGCUGCUCACCGGCCGCUCCCUGCUGCCCGCCCUGGUCUCAGAGCCCAGAGACUGGACCACAGUCUACUCCAGCCAGUCCCUGCACGAGGUGACCAUGUACUACCCGAUGCGUUCGGUGCGGCGGGGGCCCUUCCACCUCCUGCAGAACCUGAACUUCCUGAUGCCGUUCCCCAUCGACCAGGACCUUUUUGUGUCGCCCACCUUCCAGGACCUGCUGAACCGCACCCGGGGGGGCCGGCCCACGCACUGGUUCAAAGGCCUGCACCAGUAUUAUUACAGGGAGCGCUGGGAGCUGUUCGACACCAGGACGGACCCCCUGGAGACGGAGAACCUGGCGGCCCUGGCGUCGCACCGCGGCGUGCUGCAGGACCUGAGGCAGCGGCUGCAGAAGUGGCAGUGGGCCACCGCCGACCCCUGGGUCUGCGGGCCGGGCCACGUCCUGGAAAACAGGCUGGAGCCGCAAUGCAGACCGCUCUACAACGGACUCUGA